AUGGCUGCUAUUUUUGUGGUUUUUAUCUUUGUUGGUUUUUUGCUUUGUGGGGUGCUGUUUAUCCUCGCACGCCGGCGAUUUUUGGCCCUUCGACGACAGCAACAACAACAACAAGAAGGGAUUUUCGCAGCGCAGAGUGUGACGUUGGAGGAUCUCUCCCCACCCCGACAACGGCAAGGUGAUAUUUCUACACCAGACCAUCAAAGGAAUACCAAACGCAAUAGAAAUAACAGAGCAAAUAACAAUGGGCAUAAUGUGGAGAAUGGGAAUGGGAAUGAGGAAGAGGAGGAGAUUUAUGAUGGUUUAGAUUAUGCUGGGGAAGUAAAUGCUGCUGUUGUCCUGCGUCACCGUUUUGAUAUGCCAAAUCCGCCUCGUCAUCGUCAUCACGUCCAUCAUCGAGAAGUAUUGCAUCAGCCUAGUAACCAGCGUGAUCAUAGUAACAGGAACAAUAGUAAUAAUGAUAAUAAUGGUAGUAGUAGUAGUAGUAGUACGGAUAGUGAUAUUGACCCUGUGGCUCUGCGGCAGAAGCCGUUGGAGGAGGAAGUGGAAACGGAGGAGAUGCGAGUAUUGCGGGAGUGUGCCGUUGUGGGUGUUGUUCUUCGCGGUGAGGAGGAAAUGCCGCCGCCGCCGGUGGCUCGACCGCGUGGUGGUGUUAUUUAUCGUAUGCCGCGAUCUGCCUUUACCCCAACACCAUUAACACUCACACGCAGUCUAACACCCUCACCCGCAAGUUCACAUCUCACACAUGCAACAGAGGAACCGCAACAGCAUGCCAUUAGUGGUGGUAGUGGUAGUGGUGGGAUGACCACUGCAGGGAGUUAUCUGAAUUUCAGUCAUCCGACUACACCUCUUCAUACUGCUGCAAGAGGAUUGGAUUCCACUCUGACAUCUCAAGAUAAUGGUAAUACCAUUGGUGUGGUCUCAUCUAGGAAGAAACGGGUGAGAAAAGAUAGUGCUUUGGUGUAUGGACAGGCCGCAUAUACUGGGGAAUCACCUGAGGAAAUGUUUAUGCAGACAACCGGUAUGAAUAAAGAUUUUAAAGGGGAAUCUGCAACCUCCUUUGAAAACCUAGUAGGAGGAGGAGGAGGAGAACAAGGAGGUACUGUUUUGUUUCCUAAAAAUAAAACUAUACAGGGAUGUAUGGAUACUACUAAACCAACCCUACAAACAACAGCAGCAGUAGAAGCAGGAGUGGGAAUAACUCCAAGUGUAUACAGUAACAACAACAACAACAACAGCAAUGGUAUUGCCAUGAAUUUCAAUAAUUUCAUGGGUGGUAGACCUCCUCUACAAUCUCUCAACACAGUAGUAGGAAGUAGUACCUAUCAUGGUAAUGGCGGCAGUAAUACAAAUGGUGAGAAGGAUGCUCGUGUGUUUGGGGUCAGUGUUAAUUCCCAACGAACAUCGCAGUUUAGUCAUGAUAAUGAUAAUAAUGAUAAUGAUGAUGAGAUGUCACGUCCACCGCCUUUUGGGGCCUCUGCAGCCACAGCCGCCCCAACCGUCCAUGAUGCCUUUGCUGUUCUCAUGGCAGAUACACCGUCAUCAUGUGAACAAGCGAGAAGUCCAUUCUUUAUGUUUGGAAAUAGUGAUAAUAAUAAUAAUAAUGACAGUACGACGAGCCACACCAGACAAUUGAGUACAUAA